AUGCGUGACCUCCGUCGACGUGCUCUCGAGAGCAACAAGACCGUCUCUCGUAAGGCUCAGAGCCGUGGAGUGUCUACUCCUAACUCGAGGACGACGUCCGCCCACAGUUCUCGCCAGUCCUCGAGAAAUGUUAGUCGACACCCUUCGGACGAUGAGGAUGAUGAUGAUGAUGAUACUCGGAGUGUAGGCACUGCCUGGAGCAACAUUUCGGCUGAAGAGUCCGGCUCAGGGGAGCAAGACGCAGAAGCAAGUCGAGCGCCCUUGCAGGAUGUGAUCGACGAACUCAUCGACCGGAAACGUAGCAGCGUUCAGGGACGAGAGGACUACCUCAACUUGUUUGUCCGGAUGCUGACUGCCCACUACCACGAGGAAGAACUCGGCGAAAAGGUGGACGAGCUGCUCAAGGCGUUCGCGAAAUCCAUCCGAUCGGAACCAAGCGAGAAGGAAACCAUCCUCGCCCUCAAGGCAACGUCUCUCAUGGCCGUAACCAUGAUGGAUGACACCAUCUACCCGUCCAUGAGCUCGGUCGUCAAACGGGCCAUCAUGGACUCGCCUUCUUUCGCCGUCAAGGCUGCCGCUAUACGAACUCUGAGUGCGUGUACGAUCUUUGGUGGGGCAGGUGAUGACAGCAUAAUCGAACAGAUGAACUUCUUGCUGGAGAUAGCCAUGUCUGACGGUGCCUACAUUGAAGCCACCGAUGACUCAGACACGGUCACCGCAGCCCUUGAGGAAUGGGGAUUCCUCGCCUCGCAUAUAGAAGACCUCGAAGUCGAGAGUGAGGAGGCCAUCGAGGCCUUCGCAGACCAACUGGAUAGCAGUGAGACCAGCGUUCAGGUCGCAGCUGGUGAGAACAUCGCACUUCUUUACGAAAAGAGUUACACGCCCAGGGAAGAUGAUGAGUCGGAUGAAGAAGAGAAUUACAACAUCACAGACGACGACCGCUCCUCUUCCCUAUCAGACGAUGAGGAUGAUAACGGCGCCAAAUUAAUCAAGCGCUACGACGCAUACCACAACACACACCGCAUCAUUAGACAAGUCGAGUCCCUCGCCCACAUAUCUGGUCGCCACAUCAACAAGAAGGACAAACGCUCCCUUCACACCAACUUCACAUCCAUCUUAAAUACCGUCAUCAACCCCCGCCGUGGGCCACAGUACAGCAACGCCAUCGACUUUGAAACCAACCACAACUAUGGGAGCCGCAAGACAGUCAAGUUCCAUCGUAACAGCUACAUGCGUGUUGAUAGAUGGUGGAAGUGGAUACGUCUUGCCGCCAUGCGCAGAAUUCUAGGAGGAGGGUUCGUCGAUCACUAUUUCGAAGGGAACAGAGCCAUCCUGGAGACCUUGCCAGUUACCCUAGGCGUAGGCAACUCGGGACCCGUGUCCAGCAAUGGGAAAUCCAAGUCUGGGAAAAAAGGCGCCGGAAGAGUCAAGGGAGCCGAUGUCCUCUCAUCCUCUCAUUGA